CAGUUACGGAGGCUUUCAAACUUAUUGUAAGCUCAGUAAUCACUGAAAAAACUGUCUUCUUUUCACUUUUAUCUAACUUUGCAAUCACCAAAAAAAAAAAAAAAACUGGUAAUUAAAUUAUUUCUUACAUAAUAUUUAACGAAUCGAAAAACUAUUUCAUGCGAAAUGCCUGGUCAAUACACGAACUACUGGUUCAUCCGAGUGGUAAUGGUGCUGCUUCGCUGUUUGUGGGCCAUGUUCUAUCUGUGGGGAAUGAUCCAUGCUGCUGCCAUUCUGCCGGUUCCAGUGGAGUGCUGGACGCCAGGUUUCUGGAGCAGCAAACGCUACUAUGUAUUAGGAUACAAGAGCCUGAUCGACUUUGAUAUCAAGACAGAGCUUUGUAUCCAUAUCCUGGUGAAUUUCCUGAUGUACUGUCUGUUUCGCUGCUGCAGCUGCAGUUUCUUAGGAGCCCGAUAUCUGGUCGGUAAUGUGAACAAACCCCAUAUGGAUUAUGGCCUAUUGGUCUUCAAAGCUCCGUAUCUAAUUGCCUUUCUUGUCUGCUGGGUGGUCAGCACCUCAAUCACGGUACUCGGAGUGAAUCUUGUGGCUAAACAGGAUCAGAGUGACUCUAUUUAUAGUCUGUACGGUCAGUUCGGCAUUGCCCUGCUGUUCAAGCUCCUGGUUGUGGCCAAUUUCUAUUCGGUCUGUCUAAAGACCUGGGCCUAUUUGAAGAUAUUCGAGGCGGAAUCCAAUGAAGGUCUGAUCACAAACCAAAAUUUCGGCGAUCACUUGAAUUUACUCUUUCGCGUUUGAGAAAGUUCAAUGAUAUUUUUACCACCUAUUAUUGUUAUUUUGAGGGAAAAAAAAAGUUGGCUGAUAAAAAAUGUUCUUGUUUUAUGGGAUUUUUCACUUAAGUUUGAGUAUAGGGUAUCCCUAAUUCCACAUUUUGCAAUCCAAAACAUCUUGUUUGUCUAUUUAUGCUCAUUAUGUGCGUGUCUGGGUCGGUUUUUGUUUAUUAUUUCUGACACAAUUACUAAGCACACGUCACGGAUUUGCACUUUCGCUAAUGGAACUCACCGCCAUACACACGCUCGCCAGCACACUGUCAUAUUUCAUAGACCAGCUUUGUUUUUAUUUUCCUUCUGUUUUAAUACAAAUUUGCAUUGUUGUGCGAAUGUGGGUCAAGAGCGUUGAAUCCUCCACACACACACACGGUGACGCUCAAAUACGGGGAAAAGUGAUACACGUGUGCUGGAGCUUUUGCUUUCGUCCCCACUCAAUAUUCGCAAUAAAAAGGAAAGCGAAGGACAGGUGGAAAGUGCAGGUGAUGUGUGGCUUAUGAUUGAUUUCAUAUCCUUUGGGGAUUGCCGCUCAAUGGAAGCUGAAAAUUGGGUUAUAAGAAAUAAGAGAGACACAGAAAAAAACUAAAAACCUUGAUUUGAAAGGAAUGUUAAAAAAACCGAAACGGGCAUGCAAGUUAAGCAAACUCCAGGGAGAGCGAAAAACGGGCAGCGUGUUAGUCAGUCAAUCAGUGGGACGUGACCAAUUGCCCCAAAGCCUGGGCACAUGCAAAUCCAAGUCCCAUGCCAAGGUGUGCAUCUCCGCCCACUGUGCAAACGCCCACCGCCCCCGGAAGUGCAUGCCAUGCCCACACAGAAGCACUGACAUUUUGCCAGAAAGAAAAGCAAACUCAAUUUGUAUGCCUCGCCAACAGGCAGGACAUCGGGACAUCAGGACAUCAAGCAGAUAGCAGAUAGGAGUUCGCAGGACGAAGGACGAAAGCCGCAGACACAAAAAGCAACAUGCAUACGGCCUGCUGACAACUUUUCCGACACUCCAGCUUGGAUUUUGGACUUAUGCGGUCCUGUGACAGGACACGCAGUGUACGUGAUCGGCUUUUAACAUGUGUUGCACGGCCGGCGACAUGUGCAAAUCUCUGCCAGAAAACUUUGCACUUGGAAAAACUUAUACAGAAAAUGUUUAAGUGCUAAAUAAACUUGUAUUGAUUUAAAUAAACUAGUUAAGUGGCAAGGAUAUGGGGUACUUUUUUAUUCUUUCAAAAGUUUUUGUAUUUAUUUUAUAAAGUAA